CCGGAAGUAAUUUCCUGCAUCUCUCCAGUAGCGACCGACGCUUCUUUGUCGUUUAGCGCUAUAGAUUUUUCUCUUUCAGGUGGAGGCUUUACCCUUAAAAUCCACCGCAAGCAUGAAACUCGUCAGGUUUUUGAUGAAAUUGAGUCAUGAAACAGUGACUAUUGAACUGAAGAAUGGCACACAGGUCCACGGCACGAUUACUGGUGUGGACGUCAGUAUGAACACUCACCUCAAAGCGGUGAAGAUGACACUUAAAAACAGAGAGCCGACUCAACUUGAGUCCCUCAGUAUCCGUGGAAACAACAUCCGCUAUUUCAUCCUACCAGACAGUCUUCCUCUGGACACACUGCUGGUUGACAUUGAACCCAAGGUCAAGUCAAAGAAGAGAGAGGCUGUGGCUACGCGUGGCCGAGGAAGAGGGCGGGGUCGUGGCAGAGGAAGAGGGCGUGGCCGGGGAGGGCCUAGGAGAUAAAUCUCUGAAGCCACUGUACAUUUUUUCACUUUGUACAGCAUUUUUGUUUUUUGUUCGUUCUUGCUUUAGAAAAUACUUUGCGAUUUACUUUUCUUCUUUUUUUUUUCAUUUUGUACAUUUAAAAAUGCCUUCAUUUUGAAAAAAGUUUUGAGACUUUUGUUUGUAAGUGCUGAACUGUAUGUGACAAAUUAUGCAGAACUGUGUGUCUGGUUAUUUUUCUAGAUUGUUUCAAUAAAGUGAUACUUCAGAAUCUCCA